AUGGGCGGCUUUUACAUGCAAUAUUUGGAAAGCCUUUGCCGACGCCGAGGGUGGACGGACCCUGCGUACGAGUGCUAUCGAGAUAGCAGCGGUUAUACAUGCCUUGUCCUGGUUAACGGCCGUGAGUACCAGACGGACCUCGCCUACGAAUCCGAUGUUUUAGCACAGGAGAAUGCCGCAAUGCGAGCUUUUAUGGUGUGCAGGAACUUUUCUGUGAAUGGCGGCAUGCUCGCUCGUAACGGUAUUGUUCAAGGACUGCCAGCGACCUCCGACUCGGGUCGACGCCGAAAGAGCCGUCACACUUCCUCUAGGGACGGUAGCGAGCGCCAUGGUCGUCGAUCCGGGAACCAUUCCAGCAGCUCAUCGACGGCGUCCUUUGAGUAA